UUAUUUAGUCACGUUUCAAGAAGAGAUGGAAAAUUAGACAAAGAUACUAAAGCAUUAAUCAUCGAUAAUAAAGAAAUCUCUGUAGCAUAUUUUCGUUCCGGAUAUAGUCCCAAAGAUUAUCCAACUGAAAAGGAAUGGGAUGCAAGACUAUUAAUUGAGCGUUCAAAAGCAAUCAAAUGCCCUACUGUUGCUUAUCAACUUGUUGGUGUAAAAAAGAUGCAACAAGUAUUGGCUGUUCCUGGUGUUCUUGAAAAAUACAUAUCUAACCCGUCAGAUAUAACUAAAUUACGAUCAUGCUUCGCGGGUCUGUAUCCACUGGACUCUAGUCCUGAAGGCGAAGCAGCUGCGAAACUUGCUUUGGAACAUCCUGAGCGAUUUGUGAUGAAACCACAACGUGAAGGCGGAGGAAACAAUAUAUAUACAAAAGACAUUCCUCAGUUACUUAGAAGUAUAACUCCGUUAGAACGAUCUUCAUAUAUAUUAAUGGAUUUAAUACAACCACCAAUGAUGAAGAAUAUUAUUAUAAGAGAAGGUAAAGUCAUUCAAGGUGAAAUGAUUUCAGAGUUGGGUAUUUACGGUGUCUUCAUAGGAGAUAAUAACGGAGAUGAGGACGUAGUGAUUAAUGAGAUAGGUGGACAUUUGUUGAGAACUAAGGGUAGAGAAACAAAUGAGGGAGGAGUUGCUACAGG